AUGACUAACUCACCUAGAAACAUUGGUAUCAAAGGAAUUGAAGUCUACAUUCCAGGUCAAGCUGUCAAUCAAUCAGAAUUGGAAAAAUUCGAUGGUAUCCCAGCUGGUAAAUACACCAUUGGUUUGGGUCAAACCAAUAUGGCUUUUGUCAAUGAUAGAGAAGAUAUCUACUCCAUCGCCUUGACUGUUGUCUCCAGAUUGAUCAAGCAUUACAAUGUCGACACUAACAACAUUGGUCGUUUGGAAGUUGGUACUGAAACUUUGUUGGAUAAAUCUAAAUCUGUCAAAUCUGUCUUGAUGCAAUUGUUCCCAGAAAACAACGACAUUGAAGGUAUUGAUACCAUUAAUGCUUGUUAUGGUGGUACUUCUGCUGUCAUCAAUGCUGUCAACUGGAUUGAAUCUUCUUCUUGGGAUGGUAGAGAUGCCAUUGUUGUUGCUGGUGAUAUUGCUAUCUACGACAAAGGUGCUGCUAGACCAACUGGUGGUGCUGGUUCCAUUGCUAUGUUAAUUGGUCCUGAUGCUCCUAUUGUUUUCGACUCCAUCCGUGGUUCAUUCAUGGAACAUGCCUAUGAUUUCUACAAACCUGAUUUCACUAGCGAAUACCCAGUUGUUGAUGGUCACUUCUCCUUGGCUUGUUAUGUUAAAGCCGUUGACAACUGUUACAAGAACUACUCCAAGAAGAUCACUGGUAAUGCUGACAAGACUGUUGGCGUUUACGAUCACUUUGAUUACAACGCUUUCCACGUCCCAACCUGUAAGUUGGUCACCAAGAGUUAUGCCAGAUUGUUGUACAACGAUUAUAAAUCCGACCCAUCCAAAUUUGCUGAUUUGAUUGAUGAAUCCACCAGACAACACAUUGACAACUUGUCUUACGACGCUUCUUUGACUGAUAAAGUCUUGGAAAAGACUUUUGUCACUUUGGCUAAAGAUGAAACCAAAAAGAGAGUCCAACCAGCUUUGCAAGUCCCAACAAAUACUGGUAACAUGUACACUGCCUCAUCAUGGGUCUCUUUGGCUUCCUUAUUAUACUAUGUUGGUGCUGAAAACUUGAAAGACAAGAGAAUUGGUCUUUUCUCCUACGGUUCUGGUUUGGCUUCCACUUUAUUGUCCGUUACUGUUGUUGGUGAUAUCUCACCAAUUACCAAAGUUUUGGACUUUGACUACAAAUUAGGUGAAGGUAGAAAGAUCCAAAGCCCAGAAGAAUACUUGGCUGCUAUUGAAUUAAGAGAAAAAGCUCAUUUACAAAAGAGCUUCAAGCCACAAGGUUCCCUCGAUAACUUGAGCCAAGGUACCUACUACUUGACUGAAGUUGAUGACAAGUUUAGAAGAAAUUACGCUAUCAAGGAAUAG